AUGAUUGUGCAACAAAAUUGCUUACCCCCGGAUUCACUAUGGGUAUCUAAACCGUUGGAGGAAUUCAACAAGGCUUAUAUGAGGAAGAAUUGGAAGAUAGAGAUUAACUUCUCGAGGAACAAGUAUGUUGUGACCGAUAAUUUGGGUAACAAAUAUGAGUUUCUUACUUCAGGGGCACCACCAGAAUCGGCAGAAGAUGAAGAAAUGGGUGAUGAAGAGGAGCAAGCUGCAACCUCUGGUCCACAAAGAUCCAGACAGAGAUACAUGAGGCCGCAUAGAGAAAUUAAUGCAGAUGUGGCAGGUUUUGUGACCAUGAGACGGGUACCCUCCUACAAAAAUUUUGAUCGAGGACAGCAAGAGAUAUAUGACAAUGUCUCUGCGUGUAUCGGUGAAGGCCGAGAAUAUAACCGAAGGAGGGAAGCUUGGGAGGGGUCCCAUGGACCCUCAAUGCAGGAGUAUUGGGCAGCUCAAGAAGCCCAUCGGGAGAGAAUGAAUAAGUUUGUGGAGGAGCAAGAACUGUUCCAAGCAAUGCAAAGAUCACACAUGGAACAGUUGGCGAAAAUGCAAGAGGAUGAGGCAGCCCGAAGACGGGCAUGGGAAGAAGCAGAGGCAACGCGUCGACAUGAAGAAAGAGAAUUGAACCAACGCCGCUGGAGUGCCUUGUAUGUCUCUCAACAAAUGGCGGUUAAUAACGCCAAAUCACCGAGAGAUAUAGAAGAUGACUCCGAAGAAGAUUUCGUGCCUGAUACUCAAGAGCAACAUAAUGAUGAGGAUGAAGAUGUUGUCGUACAAGACGAUCUUGUGAACCAAAAUGAAGCCGCAAACGACCCGAAAGGAAAGAAGGCUAAAGAGAAACGUGAAAAUUGGAUGCCUAAACAAGAAGAGGCUUUGGCAAAGGCUUAUGUUCAUUGCAUUUUAAACAAAAGAAAAGGAAAUCAACAGAAUUCAGAUGGUUUUUGGAACCAAGUCGUUAGAACAAAUAAAAAAUGGUCGUCGGUACCGUUGUUGGGUGAAGAUAGCUCCGGCUCAAGUCAAAAAAGAAAGUCGUCGGAUUUGGGAAAUUAUAAAGCGGAUACACCUAGUGCCGAAGUCUCGAGCGGUCUUCCCGACAUGAACGAGGAUCCCUCGCCAAGAAGACAAAAGAUAAAGGAGAAAAAGGACAAAGGACCGUCUUCAACAAGCGAAGAUCCAAGAGAUAUAACCAGUAGAUUCGAAGAAUACAAGGCCAUGAAGAAAGAAUUGAUGGAUAUCAAAAGGUUACGAGAGGAAAAAUACAUGUCGUUAGCAGAAGAGCAACGCGAGGCGUUGCGACAAACUAUGUUCGACAAGGACUUGGAUGCGUUUAACCGGCCUCACGACAAUGUUCAUCCUUCGAUGUUGGAAAUCACACUCGCUAGAAAACGCGAGAUCGCAAAAAAAUAUGGUUAG